CAUCAUAAAAAAUAUUUUUUCAAAAAAAUCAUUUUACACUUUCAAGCAAGAUGCACUCUGUACUUGAUUUCAAUGAAAAGAGAACUAAGAUGCAAUGAUUGUAUCAAAUUUGUCAAAGAAAAAACAAGAAGCAUAUUUUGGUAAGAUUUAUGUCUGGACUAAAUUGUACUUUUUGAAACAAUGAAGGACCUUUCUGCAAUUUACUCUUCCUUCACUUUUUUUCAAGCAUAAACCCUAGUUGAAUUUGUGAAGAAAAUUUUGAGAAAAAUCAAAUUUUGAGCAAAACCCAGAUAACAAGAUUUGAAAAAAAAAUGGUGGGUACAAAUUUGAAAGCAGAAACUAUGAAAUUAAUGGAUGAAAGAGCUAAUACAGAAGCUGAAAUGGAUGUUAUUAUUCAGCGACUUUGCCAACCUGGUGGCCCUGGACUUUCAGGAAACCUUGUUGAUUCUGAGGGAUUCCCAAGAACUGAUAUUGAUAUUCCAACUGUGCGUGCUGAUCGGCGUAGGCUUUCUGAGCUACGUAAUGAUCGCAAGAUUAUAACAGAAAAAAUAGACCAAAAUAUUCAAGUUCUGCAUUCAGCACGACUUGCUUCUACACCUUCUUCUGUCAAAGAUUCAGGUGUUCAAGGAUCUGCUAUCAAUAUUGGUUCCUCAUCAUCUCCUAGCAAUUACACUGUGACAACUGCUACAAGUGCCUCCAUGGAUGUGGACGUAGUUUUCAGCAGACCCUUUGCGGUGAUUGAUGAAAUAACCGAGGCGUCUCCAGCCGCAGAGGACGGUUUACAACUUGGAGAUCAGGUUGUGAGAUUUGGGAAUGUCCAGUCGGGUGAGAAUCUGUUACAACGACUUGCUGCUGAAGCACAGUCGAACCAGGGGUGUGCAGUAUCCAUGACAGUUAUGAGGCAAGGUGCUAUGACUAAUGUACAAGUGACACCAAGAGUGUGGCAGGGACGUGGCCUCCUUGGAUGCAAUUUCCGGAUCUUAUGAUGAGUUUGUCAACUGGUGCACUACAGCAAACACAGAGAGUUGAUAUGAAGAAGGAUUCAUCCCCGGCUUCUUGAAGCCGUAUUUUCUGUUGGUCUUUUAUGAGCGAACGUAAAAUGUUAUGUGGAUAUCACAAUUGCUUUUAAACAGCUAUUCACACACAAUUGCAUCAUAUGGAUGGGAUACAAAUGCUUGUGGACUUUGUGUUCCCUCACUCAGUUGCAUCAUAUCAUUUUUCCUGGCUGUAUAGUUCUUGAGUUCUUUUAUCACCUGUUGUGUUCUUUGUGUAAGCCUAACUUCUUAAGAUGGACUGAACCAUGGAUUGGGCCUGCAAAGUGUCUACAAGAAUAACCGUGGAGGUAGGUGAUUUUGAACUCAACUCUGCUUGCUCCAUGGACAAUACUGUAAUUUUAAGUUUUGCCUCAUGAGUCAAACUUUUGACUUUUGAUCUUGAAUGUUUGCCUAUGGGGCAAGCGAAGGAUAAAAGUUCAAGACCAUCCAUUUCUAAGGUCAUUGGGCAUAAUAGAAAGGUCUGCAUUGAACUUGUA